AUGGGGAUAAACCUGUUGACUGUGAGCUCUGGGAGCGCGCUGAUGGCGCUGGGAAGCCAUUUCGCAUUCAAACACAAGGAGCCAACAGAGUUGAAGAUCCUGGGAUUUGUCAAUCUGGUCUCGACUUUCAAUCUGUGCUACUUUGUGGUGCUCGGCUCCAGUAUUUCUAUAUACAGGUUAUUCUUCCACCCUUUACGGAAAUAUCCGGGACCUCUUCUCGGAAAACUAAGCCAAUUUCACUUCUCUUAUAUCUGUGGAACGGGAAACAGCCACAGGUAUCUCGAGGCCCUACACCGAAAGCACGGAGACAUUGUUCGAUACGGUCCAAAUGAGCUCUCCUUCACUGAUCCUGAAGAUGUGACCUUUAUCCAUGGGGCUCAAUCCUUCAAACUUCGCAGAGGACCAUGGUACGACGGCAACCCUGGAAGAGCAGGUCAUAAUACUUUAGUUAUGGCCAGUACGCGCAAUGUGGAGAAUCACAAAAUGCGUCGAAGAAUAUGGGAUAAAGCAUUCACAGUGAACGCUUUGAAGGUCUACGAGUCAAGAAUUAUUCGGUUGACCGAUCGAUUGAUCAAACAUUGUGAAUCAAAGAGUGGAAGUAUCAUUGACGUCAGUGGUGAGAUUGAUCACUUCUCAUUUGACAUAAUGGGUGACCUGGGUUUUGGAGAGGACUUUGGAAUGAUUGAGGGCGCGAACAAGGAGUCACUAAAGUGGGCCGGUCUAUUACACAGCUAUAUGCGCAUGCUCUCAAUCAUUCGCCCCGUGCCAUGGUUCAAAGAGCUCUACAAAUGGCUUCCAAUCGAUCGAGAACGCAAAAGAAACGGCCUGGAAUUUGUUCGAUUUACUGCCAAGCGAUUUGAAACGCGCUACCAGAGAGGUCAAGAGGCUGGAGGCGAUAUUUUCGAAUAUUUGCUGCAGCGUGAUCCCAAGUCUGGAAUUCAGCUAAAUAAAUCCCAGGUUGCCGAGGAAGCCAUCGUCGUGGUAGUGGGUGGGAGCGACACAAGCAGCAUCUGUAUGACGUUCGCCUUUUAUUAUUUGCUGUUGAAUCCCGAAAAGUACAAAAAGGCACAAGUCGAGGUGGACUCGCUUUGGGACGGGACGAGUGAGCUUGAUGGACAGCAGUUGGUUCCAGCACGGGCCCCGUACCUGAAUGCUGUUAUAAACGAGUCAUUGCGUCUUGCAGAACCCGAUCCAAACGGAAACCAGCGCUCGACACCGGGGGGCGGUGCUGUGGUCAAUGGAAAGAUCAUCCCAGAAUUCACGCAACUAAGCAUCCACAAGUGGACAAUGCAGCGAGAUGAGAGGAAUUUCACCAGGGCGCUGGAGUUCAUUCCAGAGAGAUGGAUUGAUGAAGAGCGAGAGAGGCACGGCCUCCACAAUCACAAUACCAAAGGUUAUAUUCCUUUCGGUGCUGGAGUAUACAGCUGUGUGGGAAAACCAUUGGCAUUGCUCGAAAUGCGUCUGUUCAUGGCGCGAUUCAUGAGAAAACUCGAGCUGGAGCCGGCGCCCAGUUACGAUCUCGAGUGGUAUCCCUGGGAGGUCACGUCGAGCUUGACUCUUAUGAAAACCUCUCUGCCAGUUUUGGUUAGGAAGCGGAUUCUAUGA